AUGGACGCAUCCAGUGCCGCUACAACAAAACCCUUCCAAGGCAACGUCCGCUGCGAAUGGUUCCAGACCCCCUCGCAGGUCACGUUCACCUUCUACGUGAAGGAGCGUCAAAGGGGUGAUGUGCGUGCAGACGUGACUGAGCAGUCACUCACCGUUUCGAUCCGCCUCGACCCCUCCGGCCGUGAAUAUCAGUAUAAUGUCGAGCGCUUCUACGCCCCGUUGGCGGAGGCGUCCGCUACUAUUAAUAUCAGUGGCAUGAAGGUGGAAGUUCAAGUCCGCAAGGCCGUUGAACAGCAAUGGCCGACACUUGAAGCUCCGGAAGACGACGUGGUUUUGCCCAGCACCUCAGGAGGAACCCCAACAACCUCCACCAUUGCUGGUCUGCCAGCCACCGCAAAGGACUUGCCGUAUCCGAACAGCCGCGGCCGCGACUGGAGUGCUGUAAAACUUGAUGACGAUGAUGAAAAACCAGAAGGGGACCAAGCACUGAACGCGCUUUUCCAGAAGAUUUACGGCAACGGCACAGACGAGCAGCGCCGGGCCAUGAUGAAGUCCUUCGUGGAAAGCAACGGCACGGUGCUUUCCACGAACUGGGCUGACGUUGGAAACCGGCACGUAACCACAGAACCACCCACCGGAAUGGAAGAAAAGAAGUACGAAGGCUAA